CAAAGCCUGACCCACGUGUUGUACGGUAUAUAGCAAGAUGCCGGUAACGAAGCAGUACCUCCGCUACGAGCACUCGGAGACGUUUGGCGUCGUCUGUGGAGGAAAGCCAACGUUCUUCUCCAGCCGGUCGCCAGCGGGGAAGACAAGCGGCGCGCGCUGGUCGUCGCGCCUGCUGCUGAGGACCUUAUUAUAUGGGAUCUGAGAAAAGGAGAGAAAACUGCAGUUCUGAAGGGAGGGACGAAGCAGGAGGUGUCGUGUGUUUGCGGGAGCAGAGACGGAGGUUUGGUGGCUGCUGGCUGCGAGGACGGCACCAUUCGAGUCUGGAGCACCUCUUUAGGAGAGGCAACUCUCUCCUUCAGUGGUCACAAAUCAGCCGUCACAUGUCUACUGUUUGAUGAUUCUGGUACCGGAUUGGUCUCGGGGUCAAAGGACACUACUGUGGUUGUGUGGGACGUAAUUGGUGGGCGUGGUCUGUUCCGACUGAGAGGGCACAAGGGACCGAUUACUGGAUGCCGAUGGCUUCACCAUGGCAACACACUGAUCACCAGUUCGAAGGAUUGUCUUGUGAAAUUCUGGGACCUUGAAACACAGCACUGUUUCCUGACCCUCGUUAACCACAAGAGUGAGGUAUGGGGGAUUGAAGUGGUUGCCAUGGAGACCAGACUAGUGAGUGCAUCCAGUGACAGAGAACUGUUGGUAUUUAGAAUAUUGAGAGAGGAGGGAGAGGAGGAAGAGGGGGGAGAGGGGGAGGGAGGAAGUGUGGGAGGCAAAAGAAAAGAUGGUGAGAUGAGCGACAAUCAGUCAAUGAGUCAGGUUUUGUGUGAGGUGAUGGGGUCUCUCAGUAGACAGGGGAGAGAGAGAGUGACUCAACUGACGUCUGGGGGCUCGGGGAGACUCCUGGGCUGCCUGAGUGGGCGGCUCCUGGAGCUGUAUCUGGUGAGGUCUGGGGAGGAGAGGGAGAGGGUGAGGAGGAGGAAGAAGAAGAAGGUGCAAAAGAAGAAGAAGAUGGCUGGAGAGGAUGAGAGUGGGCAACUGGACGAGGCCAGUCUGUCACUGACUGCUGCGGAGGAGAUCCCAUUCCUCACUUCCAUCUCCUCCAGAGAUAAGAUUAGGUCUCUCUACCUCUUACGCUAUCCCCCUUAAUAAGGGUGUC